AUGUCUACGAGAAGAGGUGUCGGUUUAGGAGCAUUCACCAACCGCAAUGCCACGGCUCAGUCCUACGCUGCUCAUGGCUCCAAUCUCAAAUCCGCCAACGCGGCAUCUCUUCAAGCACAACUAGAAGUCUUCCAGUCGCUUCUCCACAACUUUGCCCUGGAACAUGCAGCUACUAUCAAGUCUAAUCCGACGUUCCGAGCAGAAUUCGCUCGAAUGUGCAAUGCCAUCGGUGUCGACCCACUUGCAGGCAGCAACAUCAAGGGUAAAAAGGCAGAUUCCUUGUGGGCAAAGGUGCUCGGCAACGAUGUUAACGACUUUUAUUUCUCUGUGGCGGUCCGCGUGGUUGAACUAUGCCAAUCGACACGAGCCGAGAAUGGAGGCCUUAUUGGGUUGACAGAAUGUUGUGAGAAUGUGGCCAAAGGCAAAGCCAUUGGCGGAGGCCUGCAAGUCUCCGAAGAUGAUAUAGAGCAGGCCGUCAAGUCUCUUGAGCCUCUGGGAUCGGGUUUCGUCAUCCUCACCAUUGCCAACAAACGUUUCGUACGCUCGGUGCCCAAGGAACUCAACAACGACCAAUCGACAGUCCUGGAAGUGUUGCAGUUACUUGGUAACGUGACCGUUUCACUCCUCCAACUCAAUCUAGGGUGGGAGCGGGCCAGGGCCGAGACCGUCAUCCAAGAUUUACUGGCUGACUCCUUAGUUUGGGUGGACUAUCAAUGCCGUGAGCCUGAGUACUGGUCACCCCAGGGUUUGAUCGACGAGGAAGAGUAG